AAUGGUGCACAGUUAAAACUGGCUAUGGCGUCCUGUCUUUACGCAUUUAUGUGUGUGUGUAGAUGGUAAUGUGUAUGUAUCUAUAUAGUGGAGAGAAGAGGAAGACAUUGCUUCCCGCUUUUUCCAUUUGCAGUUGAUUCCAUUCCUUGAAUUCAACUCAUGCGUGCAAGCUAUACAUUUCUUCAUUAUAUCAACCCCCAUCACCACCGCCACAAUUUCCCUUCCUCCCGCUAACGGUGCAUAUCCAGGUGACGCGGCAAUCAAUUGCUUCUUGUCUGUUUCCGGAGUGAUUGAUGUUUGGGAUGUGCUACGCUUCAACUAGCACUUUGUGAUAUUGUGUUUUUUCGAGGCGAUUUGCGGAGAAACUUUGUGUGAGUAGGUCAGAAUUCUCGACGCCAUCCGCCAUGGGAAGCCACAUGAGCAAGAAGCCUGGGGAGGCAUCAGGCGCAAAUGAAAUCAACAAUCUCCAUUACACGCACGAGCUAAACUUGUACGAGGCAGCCUGCAGGCUGGAUGUUGAUUUGCAGUCAUUCGACACCACACUCCAUGCUCGAACCAACAAUGUUCUCAAUUCCCUCGCCGCAGGAGUCGAAGUUCGCGCCUUAUCCUUUGAUUCCCUCAAGGAAGUCACAGAGUGCCUAUUGGAGAUGAAUCAGGAAGUUGUUAAGGUGAUUCUGGAUUGCAAAAAGGAUAUAUGGAAGAGUCAAGAAUUAUUCGAGCUAGUCGAGGAAUACUUCGACAACAGCUUGAAAACACUCGACUUCUGCGCAGCAUUGGAGAAAUGCUUAAAGCGCGCGAGGGACAACCAGCUGCUCAUCCACGUCGCGAUCCAACAAUUCGAAGAAGAUGGAGGAGAAGGAAAUGAAAGGUAUUCAAAAACAUUGGAAGAAUUGAAGAACUUCAAAGAUGCAGGGGAUCCAUUCACCCAAGAAUUCUUCCAUAUCUUUCACUCAGUUUAUACACAGCAGAUUCUGAUGCUCGAAAAGCUUCAACUGAAAAAGAACAAACUGGACAAGAAGCUCAAAUACAUCCAUGCCUGGAGGAAGGUCUCCAGCAUCAUAUUCGCCGCCACAUUUGCUGCUGUCCUGAUAUGUUCUGUGGUUGCAGCCGCCAUGGCAGCGCCACCUGUGGCAGCUGCGCUGGCGGCUGCAACAUCAAUCCCGUUGGGAUCGAUGGGGAAGUGGAUCGAUUCACUUCUCAAGAACUACGAAAAUGCAGUGAAGGGGCAGAAAGAGAUCAUAAACUACAUGAAUGCAGGGACAUAUGUUACCAUCAAAGACAUGGACAAUAUUCGUGUUUUGAUCGAUAAGCUGGAGAUUGAGAUCGAAUCCCUUUUAGGAAAUGCUGAUCUGUGCAUCAACAAUAAGGUGACUGUCAAACUUGGUGUUGAGGAGAUCAAGAAGAAGCUGGACAUGUUCACAAAGAACAUCGAGGAAUUGGGAGCCCAAGCCGAUAAUUGCAGCCGGGAUAUUCGACGGGCGAGGACUGUUAUUCUCCAGAGGAUCAUCAAACAUCCAACAAGCUAAAAGAACACCUUGGUAUGUAUGUCUGGGAGAUUAAUUUGGAUCUUAUUAUUAUUAUUAUUAUUCAUUUGUUUUUUUUAAUUUGUUGACAGAUUGUAUUAUGUUAUCUAUUAGUGUACACAUUUAUGAAUCUCUGGCAAUUUAUUCAUAUACAUACAUAUAUUGAAUAGAGGAGGACUUUUGGUGGCCUUUUUCAUAUAAUUGAUGUAAGGAAUUUUGUCACUUUGCAAAAUAGUGUUAUUUAAUGUGACGAGAUUACCAGAAAUCAGGUGGCAUACAUUUGGCCAUUGCAUCAUAUAUUU